AUGCCACCAUUCGCCGCGACGAGUUGCGCAAAGCUGCCAGAUGACGGGCAGGGGUGGGAAAGGCGCUGCUUCGAUGCGCUCAACGACGACUACGAAAAGAUCAAGAAAAUCGAUCAAGAUCAAGAGAAGUCACCGGAGGGUGCUCAACUUGCUGCCACCACUCUUGAUCGACUUGAGAAAGCAAACGAAGCUUUGAACAACACUCGAUCCUCAUUGGAAGACCGUGCUGAUGCUCUUGAAGAUCUGCACAGAAGAGCCGACGGAGCCGGAACUAGACUCGCUGAACUCGUUGAUGAGGCGAAUCGUUUGUUGUGCGACGCUGAAGCAAUUCCAACCAAAUUCGACUCGACGGCCGCUGAGAUGAGAGAAGAAAUCUCGGUUGCACGAAACAUCCUUGCCACCGCUCCAACAGCUGCCGACGAACACGCACACUCGCUUUCAAGCACAGUCGAUGCCGCACAGGCUCUUCUGCCAGUGCUCGACGACCGCAACACCUACUGGAACGAGUUUGUGGCAGCACGAGAUGCCGCCGAUCAGCUUCUCGAGGAAGUUCGACGACCACUUGAUGCUCUCACUGCAAAACCACCUUGCUCCCUUGAUGAGGCUCGUGGUGACUUGGAGGAUGCCAAGCGUGCCAAAGAAGAGAACCUCGAACGUCUGAAGGAUGCUGUCCGUGAGAUGCAAAGACUUUCCGAACUGCUCGAUCCGUUGGAGAGUGCCUACGCAGAUGUGCGUUUCCUCGAUGCUGACGUCGAUCAAACAGCAGCACACUACGAUGAUUUGCUAACCGAGCUUCAUGCUGAGAUCGAGGAUGAAGCCGUUUGCGAUGAUUCGGCAAAACAACUCAAUAACGAGCUCUCGAGAUUGCUUGCCGACAUUCCACAAAUCAACGACCCGCAAAGCCUGGCUCAUCGAAGAACAACAAAUUCCAGCACUCAACGCUCAAAUGGAUUUGUUGAAGGAAAAGCUCGCAAAAGCAGAAGACACUCGUCGGCACGUCGUUCCAGACACAGCCCGCUAUGUGCAGCCAUUGGAAGAGAAGAUCGC